GAUGUCAGAUAGUCAUUUCAAGGGAUAUUAUUUCCAGAGGAUUGUUGCCUAUCCGGAUACGAGGACGAAGUCCGUGAUCGACAUUGUACAGCUUCGAUGACGGAAACGGUUAAAGAAACCCUUCCAGAGCGAAUUCGACAAGCAUGAUGUAACCAGACCAGACACAUCCACGCCUACCCUCAUCAUGUCCAACAAACAAACCGCCGCCCCGGCCUCCGACACAUCCUUCCGCAAAACCUGGGACAAAGAAGAAUACGCCAAAAAAGCCGCCGACGAUGAAGCCAAGCGCAAAGAGGAAUCAAAGGCCCGCUAUGAGGCAAAGCUUCUAGGCAAGAAAUGGCACGCGCCAGUAGACUACGGCAGUCUUGAUGCGACCACGAAUCGAUCACAGCGGCUCGAUGUUGCGUCCAUGGUGGGCAAGACCACCAUCGUGCCCUCGGGAUCGGCAGUGGGAAAGCGAGGUCGGGGUGCUGGAUUCUACUGUUCCGACUGCGAUCUUACUUUCAAGGAUAACUUGCAGUUGGUGGAGCAUUUGAAUAGCAAACAGCAUUUGAUUGCUACCGGGCAGAGCGGAGAGGUUGUACGUGCCACUGUCGAAGACGUGCGUUUGCGACUGCGGAUGCUGGCUCAUCAGAAGCGAGUCAGAGAGGCAGAAGAUAAACGUGUGUGGCAGCUGGAUCUGGGCACAAGGCUAAAGGAAAGAGAAGAACAGGAGGCCAAAGAAAGGGAGGAGAAGAGGAGAAAGAGGAACGAAAAGCGGCGCAAGGGUGGAGAGAACGGCAUCAAGCAGGAGGAAGACAGCUGGGAAGGACGACUGGGUAUCAUCGCAUAAAAAGGGCGUUUUUGGAUUUUUUCUUUACUUGUAUCAACAAAGGCAGGCUGGUGGAAUACGGAAAGGUGCUUUCAUCAAAAAAACAAGAGGCACAGUAUAUACCCAUG